UGCGCGGUCAUGGGGGAAAAGGAACACUACACAACGUUCAAGAUGUCAGCGCCCAUGGCGAGAACAUGCCGAAAAUAUUUAUUUCAUUUUGUCAAUGAACACGUUGAAUUUCGGCUUCCAGAGCUGAAAGCAAUAGCUUCGGUUGUGGAUACUACGGUCAACUGUGUGACCAAAUAUGACAAUGAGAAUCCUUUUCUGGUUGUUGAAAUCCCAUCAGAGGAGUCGGCAAAGAAAGUAGCAAGUAGGGCAGUCCUCGUCAGGUCAUUCUAUGAGGUUUGGGCGACAGGCAAAACCUUUGAUGGUCUUAUAGAGAAUCUCCGGUUACUACCAAGCGAAGUCUUUAAGCCCUUUCUGCCUCCAGACAAAACGUUCUGCAUCAAUGUGGAGACGUAUAACAAGACGUUGUCACUCAAAGAAAAAAUUAAGAAAAUCGAAGAAUUAUGUCGAGUGCUUAAGCCCGAGGGUAAAGUGAACCUUAAGACUCCAGAUGUCACGCUACAGCUAUUUGAAUAUUACAAGAGAGAGGGGAGGGAUUCUGCUGCAGAGCCAUCAGUGUUGUAUGCAGGAAGAUGGGUGGCUGAUGGGUUUCGAGAUGGAUCAAGAAAACGAUUCAGUUUGAAAACUCGAUGUUUCAUAGGCAAUACAAGUAUGGAUCCAUCGUUAGCACUGAUCAUGGCCAAUAUGGGCCAAGUCAAGGACUGUGAUAUUGUAGUAGAUCCAUUUGUCGGAACUGGAAGUUUGUUAGUUGCCUGUGCUCAUUUUGGAGGCUUCGUGAUGGGAACUGACAUCAAUUAUACACUGCUACAUGCUAAAGGAAAACCGAGUCGUCACAAUCAGACAAAGCGUGCCCCUGAUGAGAGCGUCGCUGCCAACAUGAAGCAGUACAGAUUAUCCAACCGCUAUCUAGACGUCAUACUUGCCGACGCAGCAAAGUGUAACAUCUACAGGCCUGGUUUAAAGUUUGAUGCAAUCAUCACUGACCCUCCGUACGGCCUGAGAGAAUCAACUCGCACCAUCGCUCCACAGAAAGGCCUACAGCUCACAGAGGAAGAGAAAACAUUGUGGAUUCCAUCGAAAUCAAAAUAUGAAUUAGCCGACAUCUUUAGGGAUUUGCUGAAUUUUGCCGCCAAAUAUCUAACGAUCGGGGGACGCCUGGUCUACUGGAUGCCUGUUAUCAGACCAGAUUAUAAAGAUUCUCACUUGCCCAAACAUCCGUGCUUAAGUCUUGCAGCCAACAGUGAACAAAUUCUCACCAUGCAGAUUGGACGUCGUCUCAUCACAAUGGAGAAAACUCUGGAGUAUGAGGAAAAUAUGCAGACUUAUAUAGAAGAGGACCAUUUCCAAGACAAUGUUGCUUUUCGAGAAAAGUGCUUUCCACCGCUAGCUGAGAAGCAAUUACCAAGAAAGGUUCGCAAGAUGGAGCGAAAGCGUGCGAGGCGGAAAUCAUUAGAAAAAGAAGGAAUUUCAGAGGGCAGCUCUCAGGCUAAAGGUUCAAGGGUUACUAAAGACAAGUCUAGUUCUAUGGAAGCAGAGUGUAGUGCUGAUGGUUCUUCAGCGCAUGCUGGUACUGCUGAUUGCGCCGAUCAACUUGAACCGAGUUUGACGUGACCUCUCGGGGGAAAGUCUUGUAAGAAACCAGAUUCUUGAUGAAUUACCGUGGAGAUAUUCGGGAUGUUUGUAUCAUCACGGAUCUCCGAGAUUCAAUUGAAAGAGUGUAAUGUUGAUUUGUCAUUAAAUGCACAAUUUAUUGUUCACUUAACGAAAUAAAGUAAU